GGCAACAAAAUAUCAAUCUUAAUUUGUGUGGAAGUGAACACUGUAAUAAAAGGAAAUAAAAUUCAAAUAAUGUUGUUGGGCUAUUCACCGCUCUGAAGGGUCAAAUAACUUCGACCCGGUAAUGCCCCGUCUUCUUUUGUCACGCGCAGAGGAGGCGCGUCCAUCCUCGCAAGGGUAAAAACAUUCGUAGAUUUCGAAGUCCCUUCAAAACAUUUCUCUCUCUAGAAUAUGCUUCUGCAACAAAAAAAAUUCUCACUCAAAUGCGUGCGUCUUCUCACACACCUUAGCUGGUGAUGGACUACUGCUGCUGUUCUCCCACAGUCAUGCAAUCUCAUGCUUCAUGUACCACAACUAGUAGAAAUCUCAAUCAUGUCGUACAUAGUUUCUGUCGCUCGAAUCCCCUAAAAUCGCGCGUUUCGUUCGAUUUCCGGUGUAUAAAUAGUAGAUUUUCUUAUUUUGAUCGCAAGUUAUUUGAAUCACGAGUUCGAAGACAUGUGUUUCGAUUCCGUCGUGGAGGAGUGCUUCGAGUUUGUGCCAUGGAUGAUGAUUUUUCGUCACUCGAUGACUGGGGUGAUAAUAAUAAUCGACCGUUUGAAUUUAUGUAUUCUUCAAGUGAUGACAGUGAUGGGGAAAUCAUGCUACAGCCGAUUACAGAUAUCGAUUUACCCACCCCAAAAGAGCGAAUGCAUACAUCCGAAGACUCCAUAACCGUGACUGCACACAGGCUUGCGACGCUCGGCAGAACACGAACGAAAAGAAAGACUAUUUACGGAAUUAUGAACAAUGUUGGUCUUGUGGUGUUCUCAACGUUCAUUCUUUUUCUCGUGGAUCAGUGUGCGUGGCGAAUUGUGAGAUUGCCUCUAGCACCAUUCCACUUGAUGAGACCGUUUCUGAUAUCCGUACUUUUAGUGUCUUGUGUUGGCUAUAUUUGUGUCCCGUUAUUCCGUAUAUUGAAGCUUCGGGCAAUAGCUAGGAGAGAGGCACCCAGUCAACACUCUCCCAAAAAAGGAACGCCUACAAUGGGUGGAUUGUAUUUCAUACCAAUCGGUCUAAUUGUUGCACAGUUUGUAUUGAAUUUCGCGUCCGCUGAAGUUUCUGGUGCAGUAUUAUCAACUAUUGCAUUUGCUGCAAUUGGUCUACUGGAUGAUAUCUUGAGCAUCAACAAUAAUAAUGUCGGCUUACCUGGUUGGAUGAGAGUUUUGUUGGAGGUAGCUGUUGGGAUGUGGUUCUCGUAUUGGUUGUACACGACAAACAUAACAACGCCCUACAGCAUGAAAAGGGUGGUUCCUUUACCAGCACCAUUGGGCCUUGUUUCCAUCGGAAAAUUUUACCCGGUCUUGACUUCAUUCUGUUUUGUUUCCAUGGCAAAUGGUAUUAACUUAACUGAUGGGCUUGACGGAUUGGCUGCCGGCACUGCUGCUUUGGCAUUUAUCGGAAUGUCGGUCGUGGUUCUUCCUAUAUGUUCUGAUCUUUCUGUAUUUGGAGCAUCGAUGGCUGGAGCUUGUGUUGGUUUUCUUUUUCAUAACCGGUAUAGGGCUUCUAUAUUUAUGGGUGACACCGGAGCUUUGGCUUUAGGUGGGGCCCUUGCUGCCAUGGCUUCUUGUACAGGAAUGUUCUUCCCAUUGUUCAUUUCAUCGGGAAUAUUUGUUUUGGAAGCACUUUCAGUCAUCAUACAGGUAUCCUUGUUCAAGGCAACGAAAUAUUUUCGACGAAGGGGAUACAGAUUUUUUAGAAUGGCGCCCUUCCAUCACCACCUCGAGUUAUGUGGAAUUAAAGAACCAGUAAUUGUUGGUGCUGCAUAUGUUGUAGCAUCUGUGUUGGUCAUAUUUGCUGCUUACGUCGGUCUUACUUCAGCAUGACCUGCGAAACAUUUUGUAGGUGAUUUUUGUUAUUUUUUUAGGACUGUUAUUAGUUCCUCAAAUCUCCUCCGAAGAACUCGUACCCAUGUAUAUAUAGUGAGCCGGCCAAUUUUGGUUUUUCAGUUAUUUCGGUUUGGUUGGGACUCUUCAGACGACAAUAUUACUAAUUGUAGUAAUUGUAACCGAAUUGCAUUACUAGUUAAGUUUUGCAAUAUCUGUAUUCUUUCUGAGUUUUUAUUUCCUUUAGUUCACAAUUUUUGGUUACUGUAAUUAACCAAAAAUCAUUUUGUUUUGGUUUC